AUGGCCGUCACCCAUAUUCCCUCCGUCGCAAACUACAAAGACCUAAUCGAAUCAUGCCUGCAGCAACUCAGCGACGGCCGCGAGGAUGGAGAUAUCGACUCUGCCGUGUUUGAAACAGAAUGCGCCCAGCUCCUUGACCAGAUUUUAGCCAUUCGCAAAGACGCCAAUUCCGACGCCCUCCAAAUCCACAAUGCCGCGGUGGAAACCGUCUGUCGCGAGGUUGUCUGGGAUAUCGUGGCUACAGUCGAUAUUUCUGAGCCUGCCUUUGCACAAGUCUGGGUUCUCCUCGACGUCAUCAAUAUUCUAUCCGACAACGAGCUAUGCGAACCAGGAUUAGGCUUUUGGCUUGUCGAAGAGCUGCUGGACAGCCAGACUAUUGAAGGCUGCAGGAAAGUCUUUGACUACCUCGAAUCACGCAGGGAGAAGAUGACAGCAAAACAUUUCAAGCAGAAAAACUUGGUCAUAUUGCGCUGCUGCAAUGAGCUGCUCAGAAGACUGUCGAGAGCCGAAGACACUGUUUUCUGCGGUCGUGUUUUCAUCUUCCUGUUCCAGAGCUUUCCUCUAGGCGACAAAAGUUCGGUCAAUCUGAGAGGCGAGUUCCAUGUCGAGAAUGUCACGGACUUUGAUCCUAGGCCCGUUAAGUCGGACGAUGCUAUCAAGCCAAUGGAACUGGACGAUGCGACCCCUCAGGCAGCAACUUCUGGGGCGCACACACCUGCCUCUCAGGCCCAGGACACUGAGAAGACGGCAAGAAGCACACCCGUCCUGCGAGUUGCCAAAACCGAACCCAAAGACCAACAGCCGCCUCCAGACCUCGACGCACUAUACCCCAGGUUCUGGUCGCUACAGUCCUUCUUCUCAGCACCCACAAGACUUUUCGACCCUUCCAACAUGACUGCCUUCAAAGAUGGCAUUUCUCAGACCCUCUCUUGCUUCAAGUCAGUCUCCAGCAGCUCCACGGCGUCGACCACAAGUCCGAGCGACGUGAAACGCGGUCUGAAGCGCAAACGGAGCAGUGUCGACACGCCCGCAUCAACUUCCACUUUCAACCCAAAAUACCUCACGAACCGGGACCUCUUCGACCUUGAAAUCCAUGACAUCGCUUUCCGGCGGCACAUCCUAGUCCAGGCACUCAUCAUGAUUGACUAUCUUCUCAGUCUCUCUUCCGCCUCCAAGGCUAAAUUCGAAGGCUUGACCAACAAAUCCGUCCUGUAUCCUUACACCCUGUCAGAGGACGACGCGAAGUGGGCACAGUCCACACGGUCGCAGAUUGCAACCUAUUUGCAACAGGGCGGUAACGGCAACGAAGGAAAAUUCUACUACAGGAUGGUUGACACUGUGCUGUCCAGGGACAAGAACUGGGUAAGGUGGAAAGCGGAAAACUGUCCGCCAAUCACACGCGAAGGUGUCUCGCCUGAAAUGUAUCUCCAAGCGAGGGAUACGUUGACGAAACAGAUUGAGUCCGCUCGCGCACCGUUAGUUAACCCACCUGGCGCGAGUGAUCUUGCUUUUCUCUCAAAAGUUGAACCACUCGAGGCGCUCAAGAACCCGUCCAGGCGAUAUAAAGUCCCGACGCCAGAGGAAUACUACCGUGGGAUCGAAACAGAUGAACUUGAUAUGGAUUUCGCAACCACCGAAGAGGAAAAGCGAGACAUUGAAGAGCGCAAGGCCGGGAAAGUAUGGCGGGCGCUAAGAAGUAGUAAGAACCGGUUUGUCAUGUGUGAGAAGGUGCAAUAUGGCGGGGACUGUAAGCCGUUGAUCGAGGAGGUCAAGACGGAAGAACACGAGGAACAUGGAGAAAAAGGCGCAGAAGGCGAGGGCGAGGAUGAAGUGAAGGACAAGCGUGAAGGCCUUGAGAAUGGCACUAGAGCGGAGCUUAAACUCGAGGGAGACGGAGAGGGAGAAGUCGAAGGCCAGGCGCAAGACGCGGGGUCGGAGAAAAUUGAGACAGCGCUGGCGCCGCCGCCAAUCGAGCAGGAGGAGCCGCGAGAGCAGCCGGGAAAAGAGCCCGACACGGUCACCAAGGUGGAAGAUGCAGAAAUGGCCGACGUCCCUCCCUCCGCUGUGCCUGCAGACACGGUUGAUACGAAGAAUGAAGGUGUUGCUGGGGCGAGUGGUGACGGAGACCGGGACCCUGGCGAGACGGAUUGA